GAGAUCGUGGAGCGAGAAAUGCAGAAAGAAGCGGAGGAGCGAAGAAAGCGGCGAGAAGAGCGAAGAAAAGCCGAGAGAAGCGAUCUGCCCACCGAAGAGCUCAGCGAUCUGCCCACUGAAGAGCUCAGCGAUCUGCCUGGAGAGAAGAGAGGGGAGUGUCCAGGCGAUGGGGCGGAGAGAAAAGGGGAAACGGAGGUGGAAAUCGGGGAAAAGGGAAAGGAGAAAAGUGCCGAGCAGAUGGAGGAGGAGACUAGGCAUGCCGCGCUGUAUUAUUGGCCGAUUGUGCCGCAGGAGCGGUGUAAACGGUGGGUGGUGGAGAACGCGACGAUGAUUCCGCCGCCACCGCCGGAUGUGACAGCGAAUGAUAGAUUGAAGACGGUGAGGAAGAAUAUGACGUUGUGGUCGUUGUUUAAGAGAUUGAAUCAUUGUGAUGUUUGUUGCAUUUGGGUAGUUUGGAAGGGUGGAGUUGGAUGGCGAAACUGCUUGUGA